GCGGAAUCGAACCUCUUCCACCCCUUUUGCACCGCCAUCUUCAAGGAAUUGUUCGAUUCCAAGCGCGUGAGGGGAGCUUGAGAUCGAAUGGAGCGGAAUCCCGUCUCUCGAUCUCUUCGCCUUGCGUCCGCCCCACGCGUUUCCUCUUCCUCGCUUCGGGACAGGGGGACGCCGCGAUGAGGGUAACGGCGUUGGUGAUCCUCAAUUCCGCCGUCUCGUCGUCAUCUUCGCCUGAGGCGGCGGACCCGGUAGUGCUGGCUAACGCCACCGACGUCAGCCGCUUCGGUUACUUCCAGAGAUUCGCUGCCCGUGAGUUCAUCCUCUUCGUCGCGCGUACCGUCGCCAACCGGACGCCGCCCGGCCAACGCCAGUCGGUGCAGCAUGAAGAAUACAAGGUGCAUUCUUACAACAGAAAUGAUCUUUGCGCUUUGGCUUUCAUGGAUGAUCAUUACCCUGUGCGAAGCGCCUUUGCCCUCCUAAACCAGAUACUGGAUGAAUAUCAAAAGGCUUUUGGUGAAUCUUGGAGAGGUGUAAAGGUUGAUGCUACUCAACCUUGGCCAUAUCUGACUGAAGCAUUGACAAAAUUUCAGGAUCCAGCAGAGGUUGACAAAUUGUUUAAAAUUCAAAGGGACUUGGAUGAAACUAAAAUUAUCCUGCAUAAAACUAUUGAGAAUUUAUUAGACAGAGGAGUGAAAUUGGAUGAUUUGGUUGAGAAGAGCUCAGAUCUUAGUGCUGCAUCACAGAUGUUCUACAAGCAGGCCAAGAAAACAAACCAAUGCUGUACGAUGCUAUGAGAUGAUGGUAACUUUAUGCUGCUUCACGCUUCUAAUUGGAUUGGAAGGCGAGUUUGCUUAUACAGUGGCAUAUUGAUGUGGUUGUUUAGUCAUGUUGUUUUAUCUUGGUUACUAAAAAAUUCUCAAACAUUUUGGAGAUAUGUAUAGUUGAUACUAUAAUGUAUAAUUGUAAGAUUACAGGAAGUACAAACUGAACAAGUUGUAAUAUCACUCUCUUGAUUGCAUGUGUCCAUCUGUGCUCUUUUCUUUGA